CUUGAACGGCACCACCGGAAAGGGAAGAAAGGCUUUGCAGGAUGGGUCUUAAAGAAGCCACGUGAAGCUGAAGAUCCGGAUAAUGCAAGUCCAACUGUUAUGGACUCUGUGAUGAAACUUCAGAGGGUGCAACUGAAAUGCAAGAACCUUCAUGAAUUCCUGAGGGGUCUCAGCCCAGGGAUCUUAGACCGGCUUUACAAUCAUCCUGCCACCUGCCUGGCGGUCUUCCGCGAAUUGCCAGGAUUGGCUAAGAACUAUGUCAUGCGAAUGCUCUUCCUGGAGCAGGCCCUCCCUAAAGCAGCUGUGGCAUCAUGGGUAAAGAAGGAUUAUGUCAAGGAGCAGGACGAAAGCUCAGAUGUCCUGCUGGGGCUGCGGCUCUGGCACACACAGUUGCUGCCGGGGGGUCUCCAAGGGAUUAUCUUGAACCCCAUCUUCAAGGAGAACUUGCACAUUGCUUUGCUAGGAGGAGGUAAGGCCUGGUCUGAUGACACCAGCCAGCUGGGCCCAGACAAGCACGCUCGAGAUGUCCCCUCUCUUGACAAGUAUGCUGAGGAGAGGUGGGAGGUCAUCCUGCACUUCAUGGUCGGCUCUCCAAGCGCAGCUGUUAGCCAAGACUUAGCUCAGCUGCUCAUUGAAGCUGGGCUGAUGAAGAGUAGUGAGCCCGGAGAACCGCCUUGCAUCACAUCUUCCGGCUUCCAGUUCCUUCUGCUGGACACCUCUUCUCAGCUCUGGUACUUCAUGCUGCAAUAUCUCCAGUCCGCUGAGACCCGAGGCAUGGAUCUGGUGGAGAUCCUUUCCUUCCUCUUCCAACUCAGCUUCUCCACUCUUGGCAAGGAAAGGUGA